GAAUCGGGUGGUAAACAAGAUGGUGCGAAUUUCAGAGGAUCUUGUACGUAAAAGAGCAGAACACAAUAACUGUGAGUUAUCAACACUCGAGGAAGUGUCGUUACAUCAGCUCGACAUAGAAAGACUUGAAUUUCUUGAUAAAAUUUGCCGUGAGCUUAAAAUACUUUAUCUGCAAAGUAAUCUUAUCUCUAAGAUUGAAAACGUUGGAAGAUUAAAGAAACUAGAAUAUCUUAAUUUGGCAUUGAACAAUAUUGAAAUAAUCGAGAACUUGGAAGGUUGUGAGUCACUGCAAAAAUUAGACCUCACUGUGAACUUUGUUGGAAAGUUGACCAGUGUGAAGUGUCUUCAAGCAAACUAUCAUUUACGUGAAGUAUACCUAACAGGAAACCCUUGUGCUCAGUUUAAUGGAUACAGGCAGUAUGUUAUUGUCACAUUACCACAGUUAAAGACUUUGGAUGGCCGAGAAAUAGAGAAAUCUGAAAGGAUAUUAGCAAAACAGGUUUACGAGAAUAUCACUCAAGAUGUUAUUGAUCAAGAAAAUAAGUACCAAGAAAAGACGGAACAGAAAAGAAAGUUUGACAAAGAAAAUAAAGAAAAUGAAAAACUCAGAAAUGAAGCAACACAAAACGUUGGAGCGGAAAAUAAUGAAAAAGAUGAUCAAAGUUUUUGGCAAGAGGAAGUCGAAUACACUCCCGAGUCUAGGAUAGAAAUUCACAAACAUUUAGAGGAACAGCGGAAAAGGAGAGAACAGACGGACAAACGGGGUGAAAAUACGCCAAAAGAAAUAAAAUACUUUGCUAGUGAUGGACGACCCUUGAACAUGAAUCGGGGAAAACUUGAUUUCGAGUUUACGGAAGACGAGGAGAACAAUGUUUUUAUUUUUGAUCUAUCGUGUCCGAAAUAUUUGGACACAUCAUUGAUCAACGUUGAUCUUCAGACAACUUAUCUUCGAGUAAACGUUAAAGGAAAGAUCAUGCAGCUGGCAUUACCCGAAGAAAUUAUGCCUGACUCGAGCACCGCAAAAAGAUCUCAAACAACCGGACAUCUUGUCUUAUCUAUGCCGAAGCUGAAUGCUGUCGUAAGACCGAAAAGUAUGAAACAGAGCUUAGUCAGACCAAUGCCUAACCAGAAGAAAAUGUCGUCGAGCAGCAGUUCAAAUAAGCUUGAAGUCGAUCCCAGCGUUCGUAAAGAUAUGGAUUUUAGCAACAUUGUAAAAGAGACAAGAAAAGAAGUGUUCACAUCAUAUACAUCAUCAAAGACACAAAAUGAAGACUUUGUUGACAAUGCAGAUGUUCCCCCGCUCAUCUAAUUCAUCAACCUUCCCUUCUCUUUUCAUUUCUCUGGCCUUGACGAUCAUUUUCAUGUUUCAUCUACAAGAACUAAGCAAAAAAGAUCCGCGAUCCAAAAUGACUUUAUUUCAUUCCUUUAUCCAUUAUAUUUUGGAACAGUGAUGGAUCUAGGGAGGAUUUUUUACGGGGGGGUGUGUGCUUGGCUUAGUGAUUAGCUAAGUUUCGGCGGUUAGAAACCAAUUAUGUAUUAACCUACUCAUUAUUAAUAAUUGGUGCUAGAUCAACAUAUUAAAUAUCAUUCAUACCUUUUGAUAAAAAUAAAUACCAUUGAAAGUCAAAAAA